CCUCUGCUACUGCCACUGCUACUCUACUGCUACUGCAGUUGCAGUGAUAAUGAUAAGCAUUCAUUUUCUCUCUCUAUUUCUAACCCUCGAUUGUUUCUCUCUCUACACAUCCACGUUAUCUGUUUCUGUUCCUUUCUGGUCCGAGAGGGAAGUGGGGGGCGCUCAGGUGCUGGAUUUGAUCUCUUGCCCAAGUUGGGCCUGGUCUUUUUUAUUGAGCUUUCUCUCUCUAUGUCAGAGCCGCCAUUAAAAUAACAGGCAGAGAGCUUGAGUUCACAAAACACCCACGCUCACACUCAUGUGCAUGGGUUUUGCCGUAGAAGGGUGUUUUUUUGGGCUUUUUGAGGCACACUGUGCAUGUAUAUGAUGUUUCUCUCUCUCUUUACAACCAGGUUCUGAGAAUUUAGUGCGUAAAUCUCUCUCUCGAACUCUCCUUUUUGGUUUUCAAGGCGCACUGUGCAUGUAGUAUAUCUCAAGUCAACAGACCAUGCUCCAGAGUUCAAUCUCUUUAAGUACACCUCUCUCUGAGUCUUCUUUCUCUAGUGGUCCCCAGCUUUGAUCUCACAUUCUUAGGAUCAGAUACAGUUUUGGGGGAUUAAGCUUUUAUGGAAUAGGAGAUGAACGGUUGCUUCUCGUUCUCGCUCUAGGUAAUCAAGCACCUCGUUUCUCUUUCCUCUUUCUUGUGAAUUGGGUUUCUAAUCUUUUGGCUGAUUUGAAUUGGGUUCCUUCAAAACUGUGAUUUUAUGGUGAGUAUUGGCCACUGUGGUGAUCUUAGUAUUUCACCAGUCAGUUUGAGCUGAUGUCUCAAGGGUUUGAGCAAGGAUGCUUGGGCCCAAAGGUUUCAGAUCACUCCUUUCUUAGAAUGAAUAUGCUUAGAUCUCAGCCCCACGUUGCUCAACAAAGCCGUAGAGAGAAGCUCAGAGUUCAGCUCAACUCUUCAUCUUCUUCACCACCUCCUUCUUUAUCACAAACUGAUACGAUCAACCAAGGAAUGUCACACUACAUGCUCAAUCAAUCUAGGGACGUUAAUAUUGGAGCAAUUGUGCCUUCUGAUUUGCCUGAAAAUUGCAAUUUUUCGAGGAAUUUUACAGGAAUUCCAGCUUUGCCUCUUUGCGACCCCAAUAUUUUGCAGGCAGAUAUGUCAAGUUUCGCAAGCACAAGCGAUGCGUUGUCUCCUCGCCCAAAUCCCUCUGGUUUUCUCCCUCAAAAACCCAAUAAUCCUUUGAAUUCCCAAGCUCAACAAAACUGUGACAUACUCAUGAAUUAUGCUCCAACCUCAGCUAGUGCAUCUUCAUAUGGUGGUAAUAACCCACUGUUUGGUCCAUCUGUUUUAGGGGGGAUCUUAUCAGGAAGUUUAAAAGAAGGUAACUUUUCUUCUUCUUCCCAGCUCUUUCUCCUUAACAAUCCUUAUACUACUGACCCAAAUGCUCAAUCUUCUGUUCAUUUAUUGAACCCUUGCUCUAGUGAUUUGUCUUUGAAUCAAGAGAGCCAGAAGCAGUUUCUUGAGAUACCCAAUAUGCAUUUUCCUGGUUUUCAUCACAGUUCUCUUCCUGUGACUUCUUCUAUGGAUUGCAAUUCUUCUCUCUAUGGCUCCCAAAUAAAUCAAAAUCUCAGAGACCCACCUCCUCAAGCUUUCCUUCUCCCCACUUCUUACGCUAACAGUCUCCAAAAUAUUGAGUUCAAAGCAAACCAACAACUCUCUGUUGGCCAUGACACUUCAGGGCAGGGCCUCUCUCUUUCUCUCUCCUCUCAUCAGCCAUCUGAGCUUCAUAUUCAGGAUUUCCAGUCUAGAUUUGGGUGCCAUAACUAUGGUCCUUCUAAAGCUGGUUUCUUUGGUUCGCACCAAGAAGAUAAUAAGGGAAAAGGUGAAGAAUUUUACAGCAAACAGUGCAACAAUGGGAACAUAAGGGACUAUACAUCAUUUCAAAGGUUCGGCAGUGGGAGCAAAGGUUUCUCAGGCUCGGUUCAUGGCAUGGGUGGUGGUCCUCUUGGCCCAUUUACUGGCUAUGCUAGUAUUUUGAAGAGCUCAACCUUCUUGAAACCGGCUCAGCAACUCUUGGAUGAGUUUUGCAAUGUGGGGCAAGUAAUUCAGAUGGAUGGGUCGAAAGCGAGGGUACGAGGAGUUCAAGGGCCUUUUGAGAGGGGAAACGGAGGUGGAGGUGGCAGUUCAUGUGGCGUUAGUGAGAGGGGUGGAAACCCUAGUGUUUCAGCUUCUUCGAUCCAUCAUUCUACGGAAACAAGUAGUGAAGCUGGUGUGGAUAAUCCAGUCUCUUCGAGCGAUCGAGCUGAGAAUCACAAGAAGAAGACAAAGCUGGUUUCAAUGCUGAAUGAGGUUUUUCAGAGAUACAAACUCUAUUACAAUCAGAUGCAGAUGGUUAUGACAUCAUUCGAAUGUGUAGCCGGCCUCAGUGCAGCUGCUCCAUACACCGCUCUAGCCCUAAGGGCCAUGUCCAAGCACUUUAAAUGCCUUAAAAAUGCCAUUGCUGAUCAACUACUCUCCACAAGCCGAGCCUUGGGUGAGGAUUGCACCCCUCUGAGUGUUAACAAAGGAGAAAGCACUAGUCUUCGGAUUUUAGAUCAAAGCCUUCGUCAUCAGAGAACAGUUCAAAGUUCAGCAAUUAUUGAACAACCUCAACACGUGUGGCGACCGCAAAGAGGGCUGCCUGAGCGUGCUGUGGCUGUGCUCCGUGCAUGGCUUUUUGAGCACUUCCUACACCCGUACCCAACCGACACUGACAAGCAAAUGUUGGCCAAGCAAACUGGUCUUACAAGGAACCAGGUUUCUAACUGGUUCAUAAAUGCAAGAGUGAGGCUCUGGAAACCCAUGGUAGAAGAGAUGCACAUGCUUGAAAACAAGGAAUCCUCAGCAAACAUGGAUCUCAAUUCAGUCAAGAACUCGGAGGAGCAGGCGGCGAAGCAAGCUGUGAACUCCGAGCACCAAAGCGCUUCAAGCACUGCACCAAAGAAUGAAGAAGAAGACGCUCAGCAAGGCCAUGAGCCGAAACCUAUGAAACGAUUAAGGAACGAAGAGCUUUCGCACCACCCGUUAAACCCUAACCCUAUUUCGACUGAAUACCCAUCUUCUUACCAGUCCUCGGAAGAGCUUUUCCCGCGCCAUUCGGGAGUUGGGGGAGUCUCCCUCACUCUAGGGUUACGCCAUAACGGGGUGCAAGAUAAUCCAUUCUAUCAUCAAAGUGGGCAAGCCAUCGAAUUUGCAGCGCACCACCAUUUCAGUGGCCUCCACGAAAGCAAUGAAUCUGAAGGUUUACAGGUUCAAAACCUGCAACUCAGAAGGCAUUUGGGAACCCAGUUACUCCAUGAUUUUGUUGGUUAAGACGGCUAAACCUUUAAUGGCGAGUAUCAGGCCAUAAUCAGAAGAUUAUAAGCUGGAACGCCUCCCACACUGUAUAUUCUCUCUCUUCUCUCCUCUCCUCUCCUCUCCUCUCCUCUCCAUUAAGCCAUCUCUCUCUAUCUAAGGCCUCUUAUAUAAAUAUUCAUCUGCCAAAGGGUAUAGAUGAAAUGAGGAAUGCGUGGAGCUUGGAGGGAUCUCUUUUAUUAAGUCAGUCGGGUAUGUUUACCUCAAUUAUGUUCAUUUUAUUGAAAAAGCAAUGUAAUUCAUCUGGAUUCUAAGCUAAAUGAUCGAGAUGCGCUUCUCUA